AUGCAUGGCUUCAGCGGAUUCGUGUGGCGAUUGGCGAUUAUUUUGGCAGUACUUGCCCAGGUGCCCGCAUUUAACAUCACCGUCUCCGGCACGUUGAGCUUAACUGGAGCAGACCCUUCUGACUCCCUAGAAGCCCUACAAGGCUUGCAACUGAUCUUGGAUCUGCUUCCACGAGGAAUUAUCGAUGCGCAUGCACCAGUUGGUCCAGAUGGAGGCUACAACUUGCGAGUCUUCAUAGGGCCGAUUUCCCGCGAGCUUUCGGAGGUCGCGGCGAAUCUCACCUCUUCCCAUAGUGUUCCGAUCCUCCUUCCUUUCGUUUCACUUCCUGAGAAACAACGAAAUCAGGGACACGGACGCACUUUGAUCAACUCCUUAGAAGUCCCGCCGGAGCUUUUCAUGAGACGUCCGCUCCAAACCCUCCAUGCACGAGGAGCCAAGACUGUGGCGAUUUGGGAAAGCGCCGAGACAUACUUUGCGGCAAUGUGCCAGGGUGCUGCCACUGCAGCCACGGCCAUGGGGAUGACCUUGGUGUAUCGGCAUCGCAGCUCUGCCAUUGACAACGUCAUUGAGGACAUGAGGAAAAUGGCGGCAGAAGGUCCUGACGUCUUCGUGGUUUGUACAGAGUACAAGCAGGGUGUGGAGCUCAUGAUGUCUAUCGACUUCUUGCAUUUCAGCCCGAAGGCCAUCCUGAUGUGGGACUCGGCGACCCCAGAGUUCUCGGAGGCGCUGCUGGUUGCCAGUGCUCUGCACAUCCUGGCCCCUGAGAUUUGGAGUUCCAGGAUCGAGCCAUGUACCAUUCAUCCCUGCGACACCUCAGUGACCAGAGAAGCCUUCGCCGCUGCCUACCAGAGUCGUUACAACAUGGAGCCCUCUUUGUCUGCUGCUCAAGCUGCAGCGGCUGCAAUGGCCUUGACUGUGAAGCUUGCGGAUGAGCUGGAAAGUAUUCUCUUCUCGAAUUCGGUUGCGCCGGCUUUCAGACAGGUAAACACGGAAAUACAGCUCUUGCUGCUGGAGUGCGAUGCCACCAGGGACUCAUUCUACCAGCUGCUGUGUUUCAACAGCCAGGGCUUCCUGGUAUCCUCGAUUAUGGGCGUCUCCCAACUCGUUGCCGUGAAUGUCAGUGAUGGCGGGCGACGAUUGCAGGGUAGCCUGCAGCCGCCGCAAGCCGACACCAUCAGCACCGGCACGCUCUUAGCCUACACUCGGCUGACACCGCAACUCCUCGAGGUGUAUCAGAUCUCCCAGGCCUCGUCCCUGCAGCUGCCAAUGGCAUAUCCGAGACCUUCGGAAGAUUCACGGGAGCUGAUGCGAUAUCCCUGUGAGGACGGCUUCGAGGUGGUAACUUCAGCCUUGUUCAGGAUGCUGGCGAACAUUGCGGACAACACCACAGGACAGGGGCCCAGCACUCCGUGCGCUCCAUGCCUGGACGGGAGCUCGCGAGACUCGCGCAGCCCCAUAUGCACUGCCUGCCCGGCGGGAACGCAAGCGACUUCGCAAGGCCAGUCGGAGUGCAAGGACUGCCUGCAGGGAGCUGUUUGCGAUCCUGCAAACAGCACAUUGGUAGUUGCACCAGACUACAUUGUUUCUAUGAAUGAAGGUGACGCAGCUGCCUCGACGGAAGCGACCGGAGCUGUGCCAGAGGGCCCAAACGGCCCGGAGGAGGAUUCUGCGCCUCGCAGUCCAAGCAAAGGACUGCGGGGGGCGGCUCUCGCCUUCGCUGUCGCGUCGGCGGCCUUCCUUGUUUGGGCUCUGGCCUCCGAGAGGUGGCACUGCUUUCAUGUCGAAGUGCCCCCUUCUGAAGUCUACGAAAUGUUCAAGGCAAUGGUGGCAAUCUUGCCAGCCACUGGCCACCGAACGAAUUUCAGCCCGGCUUUGCAACGCAAGCUGGAGCGUUCAACGGAGCCUCACGUGGCUUUCGAGCUUCAAGCUGGCCUCUGGUCCGCUUCCGCAAAUGCGCUCUGCAAGCCGCACGAUGCCAUUUUUUCCGUCUUCGUCGAUGCUGAGAUGUGCAAGGCAAAGCUUUUGCACUUUUGCGACGACAUCUUGGAAGGUCCGGAAGGUUCCAAGAAUGAUCCAAUCGCCUUGAAUAUUUAUGAGAACUGCCGCAAAUCGGUCCGUGGGGGUGGUGUUUCUUUGAGCUUUAUUGCCGAACCUCCCACCAAAAACGAGUUUGAGACUGUCAAUGAGUAUACGACGAUGGAUGGAUUGCAAUCGGAGCUGGGGCAAGACGAGCAAGACCACGAUCCGGAUCUUUGUGACACUCUCGCGAACUGUGACACGCUCGAAGCUAUGCGACCUUGGAACCUGUUGCUGAUCGCGGUGAUGAUGCUGACUGUGCUCGAGAUGGUGACUGCAGCGGUAUUCUUUGCAUGGGCGCUCCUUGCAAAAGCAGGAGAGGAUAUUCUCACAAAGAGGGGCUGCAACGUCAUGUUCCUCGCUGCCCUGAGCCUUGCGGCUGUCAUCGGCCUCGAUAUUUACAUAGGUGAGAAGUAUCCACUUGAAGACAUCAUCCGAGUAGAGGACUUGUACUACUUCAUGCUGCCUGAUGGUUCCGACCCGAAGGGCUACUCCAGUCUCUUGGAGCAGGAGGACUGGAGCCCUGCUCCUGAGAUGACGUUGCCACAGCUCUCCAAGCGCUCACAGAAGCAUUGGGGCCUCCUCGAGCUGGAACCAGGACGGCCAAGUCCACCGUCCUCGAUGAUGGAACUGGAGGAUGUGAUCGGCCAGGCAUACAACAGCUCUCGAUCUGCUGAGCUCCAGAUGGUCACCAUGAAGCCCUUGAUGGCGAUACCGCCCACGAAAUGGAAGGGAGCCCUUGCUGUCCUCGGUGCCAACCUCAUGGCAGCUUUGGCCACGCGGGACAUGGGAGCAUUCCUCGACCCACUGAAAGAAGCGGCGAAGAGGGCUUGGGGCAAGUCUGACGUCAUCAUCGACAGCUGGUUGCAGUAUCUGCAAAAAUCCGUCGUUGACGCGCCGGGCAGGGGUGGUAAUGAUUUCGAUGCGAUGCUUGGUGAUUUCAAGGACAUGAAAUCUGCGAGUGAUGUUUGCGACAAUUUUGGCGACGGCGCUUGCAGAAGUCUGGCAGUCCUCGAUGAAGUGAAAGCCGAAGCUGCGACUCUGUUUUCAAGCCUGCGCAACACGUUUCAGGCGAAGAUGUCCCAAGCCAAAAAGCUCGUUCAAUCGUGCACGCAAGUUCUCUCCAAGAUGAGAGCCUUCUGGAAAGAAAUCGAGGGGCCGGUGAAGCGAAUCCUGUCCUUGGUCGUGGAGGCUGGGAAGGAAGCUGGAAGCGCAGGGCUUCUGCAUACCGUUGUGAACACCAUGGGGAAUCCGGAGCUGCUGGAAGAUAUCCAGGAGCUCUUCAGGAAGCUUUUCACGAACUUCCCGAAAGUCGUGAAGGCAGUUCGAGAGCUAGCAGACCGCUUCGUCGCCUUCGUUCAAGGCUUAAGACCCCUGCUGCUGCAGCUCAAGGAUGCCGUCUUCAAAGUCAAGAAGCUGCUUACGAAAGGUAUCGACAAGGCACAGGUGAUCCUUGCAGAAGAAGCUGACAGCAAGGAGGCCGAAAUCAAGUUCAAAAUCAGCCAGGAGUUACAGGCUCAGGCGGACAAGGCUGGUGCGAUUUGGGGCCUCGUGGAGGAGAUUGACAGCCCAAAUGCACAGAACGGAGUGAGUGGUGCUUCGAAUGGCACAUCCCUGCUGGAGCAAUCGGCUCCCUUCGCAGGCAAUGUGAUGGGGCUGAUCUCCAACUUCGCGUCUGCGGGCAGGCUCUGCAGUCCCGGUGCGCGUGUGGGUUCCAUCUUCCUCUCAGAGAUCCAGCACAUGCAUUCAACUGCCAGAGACUUCCUCUCUUCGCUUGGAUCGGCGAGCCUGGACCAGGCACCGGACUACUACUACUUUCACGGCCUUCUCUUCUCCUGCACUGUGAAGGGCCGCUGUCUAGGAGGCAACCUUUGCGCGGGCAACAGUUCGGGUGCCCUUUGCUUGCAGUGCCAGCCAGGUUUGGUUUUGGAUCCUGACAGUACCGAGCCAGAUCCUUGCCGGCCCUGUGGAGAUGAGUGGAGAGACACCUGGCACAGACUCAUCAUCGGAAUCUGUGUGUAUCUGGUGGCCUUUGCGUGGCUGCUGGCAUCACAUUUGAAUGCGUGCAAAUCACUUUCAUCAACGUCUGCGUCAACCCUGAGAUCACUGGUGAACUACUUUCAGUUCACAGCGAUCACUGCGAAGAUCAUGACACCCGAGUAUAUGGCUGACUUCUUACCCAACACGCAGGGCUAUUUCCGAGUGGUUGCCGCAUUGGUCUUGGAUCCAAUUGAAGAAAUUCCCGUCAGCUGCUUCAUCCCUAUGUGGAAGCCAUACCAGGUGAAGGUCCUGAUCGGCUUUUGCAUCCUCCCGUUGACGCUGUUGAUUUCUUUACUAUUGUUGUUUGCAUGGGAGUUCAUUCUAGCUCCAUUACUGUUUCAGAGCUGCAGUCGGGAGGACUCUCCGGACAUGUCCGAGGAGGAACAACUUGGUGAAUUGCAUGGCCAGCGCGUCAGUCAAACUACAGGCAGGUCCGUCCACCACACGCACAGUAUUGAGUUCCACCGAGCUUCCCGGGCCAGGCCAUCUUUGAGAAGGCUUCUGGCAAAGUUUUCCGAGGCAUCCAUGAUCUGGUGUCACUUGUUGUUGCCCAUGUCUGUCUUCAACAUGCUCGGUGCUGUUCUGUGCCUGGACCCGCAGGACGCUGCUGUUACGGUAGUCGACUACCCGCAGCCUGUGAAUGUUCUGCUGUCGGACUUGGGCCUGCCAUGUGACGAUCCCUCGCAUCAACCGUGGCUGAUUCUCGCAGUCGUAGGAUUGGCAGCCUAUGGCUUGGCGAUUCCGUGGGGCUUGCUCCUUAUCGUGCGAGCCAUGUACGCCGAGAACUGGCUGUCGGAGAGGGCAAUGGGAUACUUUUUACAUGGCGCAAGGCCAGCAUAUCUGUAUACCGGCCUCCUCACACUGAUGGUGAUUGAUUCAGCCGCCAUUCUGUCGACAAUCUUGACUUUGGGCCGCUUCCUGCGUCUCCAAGGUCUUCUCGGCGUGUACUGCAUCGCCUGCUUGGUCUUGAGUUGGACGAGACCCUACGAUGAACGGGACCAUUCAGUGUUGCUGAGGCUGGAAGUGACCGGUAACUCAGCCGGCAACAGAAUCAUACAACUUCCGUGUGAGCGGCGGGCACCCAGCUCCGGAGGUAUCACAGGCCUUAGCCACAGGAGCUUAUCCGGGUGUGAUGCCUCAGUCCAGAGCCUUAGGUAG